AUGAGCAACUCGAGCAUUUCAUAUUCACAAUCCACCACUCAUACACUGACGACAGCAUGGGAAACACGAAAUGCCGACGAGGCCAUGCAGAGGGUAGCGGAUAUGAUGAUAGCAGUCACGGAGUCGUUCCGACAACAGUUUAGAGAGGAACACGCGAGCGAUAGCAGGCCAUUCGGCCCCAACGGGCCUGGGAACUUGGGCUGGCGGACUUCGGCUCCGGUUCUCGUCUCCCCUAUUCUCGACGACGACGGGGUGAGCCCGACGACCUCUCACUAUUCUCGGCCGAGUACAGCUCCUUCGGCACUCGACACCCAAAGACAUGGCCCCGUAGUGCAUCUGUCACCUACCUCCUCUCGCGAUCCAGUCACGACGCCAGUAUCACAGGACAUGAUGCCAGGGCCGUUGUCCGUUGCCCGAAAUCCGACUACAGGCGCCACGCAUCCAUAUAACGACUCUAAAAUACAUGCCCAACGACCAACAACCUUGGAGCCGUUGGCGAAUCCCAUGUCUGGCGCCACACUGCCGAGAGGGUUGGGUCCAGAGGCGCUCGAGCAUCCUUCAGAGUACCCAGACUUGUUCGAAGCCGCCAGGAGGAUAGUGUUUACACAACGAAUUGGAUACUCGGCGGAGGCAAUGCCCCUCAACAGACCCGGCGAGAAACUCAGGUAUCCUGAUGACGAGGAGCGCCUCUCCUGGGCCCCACAAAGCACGGCUCAUCGGGCAGAUCCUCUUCUCCGGGAGGUACCUCCGCAGCGGCUAUCGCCUGCGAAAGAGUCUUUUCUCGCGGCGGUUGUCAGUCUGUACCAAGUUCUCAUGUUUGCCAGUCUCGCCCAGGCCAUAGCACCGGCCCUCAUUAUCGCCGAGUCAUUCGCAGAUACACCAAGUGGCCAACACUCGUGGUUUACCGCAGCCUAUACACUCACACUGGGUGCUUUCGCCCUUCCGUCUGAACGUCUGGGUGAUGUCUACGGCCGCAAGCCCGUCAUCAUAAUCGGCUGCAUCUGGUUUGCGCUCUGGAGCCUCCUCGCCGGCUUCUCUAUCAACGUCCAGAAGGGCGGUGGGAACGGCAACAUCUACUUCUGCUUCUGCCGUGCUAUGCAGGGGAUCGGACCGGCCCUAUGCAUACCAAACGGCUUUUCAAUUCUCGAAACGACUCUGCCACCGAGCCAGAAGAAAGAUAUGGCAUUAUCGCUGUUCAGCGUCGCCGCACCCGUGGGCUUCGUAGUCGGCGCAGUCAUGUCGUCUCUCUUCGCCUACAAUGAUUCAUGGGAAUGGGUCUUUUUCGUCCUCGCGGCUGUUUGUAUCUCUGCCGCAGGCCUCAGCCUUCUGAUCCUGCCGCGGCAACCCCGACGGAAGAUUCCUUCCACCAAUACUAUCUGGGUCCAACUCGACGCAUCUGGCAUUCUCCUCGGCGGCAGUGGUCUCACUUUAUUCAGUUUCGCGUGGAACGAGGCCCCAGCCGUGGGUUGGCGUACACCGUACAUUUACUUCGUCCUCAUCAUCGGCAUCAUGUUAUUUGCCGCAUUCAUCUACAACGAGACUGUCGCCGCGAAUCCUUUGCUUCCGUUGAGCGCCAUGACCUCGAGGCUGAAUCUGAUCCUAGGCUGCACGGCAGCGACCUGGGGCUGCUUCAUCAUCUGGACCUUCUACAGCUUUCAACUCGUCGAGGUACUGCGCGAAUGGGACCCACUCCUUGCUAGUGCAGGCUUCGUACCCGUCGCCGUCGAGGCUCUAGCCGUGAGCCUGCUGCUGGCGUAUCUCAUGCCCGGAGAAGAGGUGUACUGGGCUUUCCUCGUAGCCGCUCUCUCCACUUUGCUAGCACCCAUCCUCAUGGCAACAGCAACGCCCGGGCAAACGUAUUGGGCAAACACAUUCGUGAGCACCUUGCUCGCCCCGCUUGGACUGGGUUUGGCCACCCCUCUCGCUACCAUCCUGCUCGGACAAAGCCUGGCAGAGGGACAGCGAGGAGUUGCAAGCGGCCUGGUUUCGGCCGUGUCAAGCUACACCAUGUCGCUAGCUAUGGGCGUGGCGAGGACCGUGGAGGUCCAAGUCAAUCCAGACAGCACAGCCAAGCUAUCUGGAUUUCGAGGAGCCCAGUAUUUUGGGAUGGGUCUAGGUGGUCUGGCAGUCAUAUCGGCAGCAGUACUUCUGGUGAUAGCCGUAAAAUCCAGGGGCAGAUCUGGUGACUACAGAUACGUUUAA